CCUGUAACAAUAUAAAAUCGACGCAAAUCGUUAAGAUAUAGACGAGGCUAUAACUACCUGGUCACUAGCGGGUUGCUGUACCUCUACUCAACAAAGUCAGGAAAAUGAAAGUGGUCUUGUUGCUCGUUUUUGCAUUACUUUGUUCUUCUGGACAAGUAGAAGCAGAUGUCGAUCUUGUAAAAGAGGGGCGUCUUUUAAAAGCGUUGUUUGAGGGCAACCUCUUUGAUGAUGAGUGCGUGUGCACAAAAAAUUCCUGCUCUUGCUGCAAAUAUAUAAUGUGGAUCUCCUCAAAAAGAGAAAAAGUAUGCGGUGAUCUAGCAUAUACCUCUCAGACCAAACAAUUUCUCCUCAAUCUCAGUGCAGACAAUACAACGAUAAUGAGCUCGCCAGUAACAGUUCAGAAUCCAAAAGCAUGUAAAGACCUGUCCGCGUACAUCCGAGUUUGUUUAGAAGUGGCCGAAAUCAAGAUUGAGUCAACUGACAUCAGUGGGUGCCUGAAAUUGACAUUAUUUAUGCUACAGAAAAUCAACUUUCGUCUUGGUUGCUUCAGGAUGCCCUAUUUUGCUGAAAAGAAGCUUCUGUUUUGGGGAAACAAUUGGAAUUAAAAACGAAGAAUAAGAACCAUUUAAUGAUCAACGUAUAUUUAAUAUGAUUUUUACCACCUGCCUUGUUCAGUUUGCAAAAGAAAUAUGAUAUAUCAGAUAAACUUAAAUGAUUGUAUCAUAAAAUAUUUUUUGAUAAUAGCAUGAUAGCAUCGUACGUGUAAAAAAAAAAGUGUAGUGUCGGGUCAUUUUAAGCCAGUCUGUCGGGAGAGGACAACUUUUUGAAGAUGGAAUAAA